AGGGUCAACCGGGUCUCGCUGUCUUUCCAGCCCUGCCGCCACCCCCGCGCAUGAUAUUUUGUUACUAAAUCAGCGCUUUUCAUAAACCCGGUGAUCUGGUGUCACCUGCUCUGCCCAGCGUGCCGGGCUACGGGUCUCAGGUCACCGCCCAAGCGGCGCUCGAGUAGCUAGCUCGAAAUAAAACGUGCCUGCUUUUUCGUGUGGCCCUGGGAGUUUCCUGUGUACCGUGUAGUUUGCGUUAAUUUUCUGUUGGGCAGCACUGUGCCGCAAUCCUUUUGCUGUCGUGCAGCUACUGCUAUAAUUUUUAGAUGGUUUUUACAUGUGCAGACAUUCCCGUAAAUUACACGUAUUAAGUGAUCCUUUUUGGCCCAAGCCAGAAAAACAACUGAGCCAUUCAUUAGAACUUGGAUAUGUUUUAAAGCACGUCGCGCCCAGGACCAGGCUUGGGCUCGUGGCCCAGAGGACCAGAUACAUGUCCCAGGGCAGGCACGCUGAGGCCCGGGAGCUCAUGGUCUCAGGAGCGCUGCUGUUCUUCAGCCACGGCCAGAACAGUGCUGCAGACCUGUCCAUGCUGGUCUUGGAGUCGCUGGAGAAGGCGGAAGUGGAGGUGGCUGACGAACUGCUGGAAAAUCUGGCUAAACUGUUUAGUUUGAUGGAUCCAAAUUCUCCAGAGCGAGUGGCUUUUGUGUCCCGAGCCCUGAAGUGGUCCAGCGGGGGAUCCGGGAAGCUGGGCCACCCCCGGCUCCACCAGCUCCUGGCCCUCACCCUGUGGAAAGAGCAAAACUAUUGUGAAUCUCGGUACCACUUCCUGCACUCGGCUGAUGGCGAGGGCUGUGCGCACAUGCUGGUCGAGUACUCCACGGCCCGGGGCUUCCGCAGCGAGGUGGACAUGUUUGUGGCCCAGGCCGUCCUACAGUUUCUCUGUUUAAAAAAUAAGAGCAGCGCGUCGGUGGUGUUCACAACAUACACACAGAAGCACCCGUCCAUCGAGAAUGGCCCUCCCUUCGUGCAGCCCCUGCUCAACUUCAUUUGGUUUCUGCUGCUGGCUGUAGAUGGGGGCAAGCUGACAGUGUUCACGGUGCUGUGUGAGCAGUACCAGCCGUCCCUCCGGCGGGACCCCAUGUACAACGAGUACCUCGACAGGAUAGGACAGCUCUUCUUCGGAGUGCCGCCCAAGCAGACAUCUUCCUACGGGGGCUUACUAGGGAACCUUCUGAGCAGCCUCAUGGGCUCCUCGGAGCAGGAGGGCGACGACAGCCAGGAUGACAGCAGUCCCAUUGAGCUCGACUGACCUGCAUGAAGAACUCCUCGGUCGUGAGCCCUGGAGCGUGGGCCUCACCCAGCCGGCUUGCGGCUCUGAGGCUGCAGUGGCUGCGCGUAGGCGUCCCUGUUGACAUGCACUGGCCGUGGGCUGUGGGGCCUGCUGGGCUGUGCUGGCGUCCGCUCCGUGUACCUCCAGAUUGACCACAAUAAAGCACAGGCCUGCCGCGCCUCCUCUCC